AUGACGCGAAACCUCGGGGGGUCGCCCACCAUUUCUGUACAAUCGGCCGGAAAUGGACUGUCGCUCCGGAAGACCGACCAGCACGUCCCCCAGCCUGAUGUCGCGCGCCGGCCUUCGCGACAGGUCAGGCAGCCCAAACCAGCGAUUAGGGAAGCGCAGCCGCCGAUCCUGUCCCAUAGUCCUGGCCUGCCGAUAGCGUCACUACGACGAUGUUGUGCCCGCACAUGCUGCCUGCGUGGAACACAUAGUCGUCACCUCGGCCCAUGCGAACCGCCGGUAUGUCGCUCGUCUAGCAUAUAAAGAGCCAUUUAGGCUUCAGUAUCAACAGAGGCGAUGCAAGCCACCGUGCCGGCUUUCGGGUCGAGGGUGCCUGCCCGGCUCUGUAGCCUCUCUGUGUUGCUCCCAAUUCGCGAUCAGGAGUCGUCUCGUAUGCGAUGGCUCUGAGUGAAUAAUACCAAUACUGGCUUCGGUGGUUCGCGCCGUCCAAUCGGGCAGGUCAUGUCGUUGUCGUUGUCGUUGUCGUCGUUGUCGUCUAGGACACGUCGGGAGCCUCGGGCGGCUGAAGGCGCACA